GUUUCUCUUAUAUACAUCAAACAGUUUCAAAUCAUUUGUCAAGCAAGUUAAGACUGGCUUUGUUUCAUUCAGUUUCAAUCUAAGUUUUUCAUUCCCAACAAGUUAUACGAAAGAAUAAACAUAUUAAAUUAUUAUUUUAAGCUAGCAUUUUAUUUAUAAUCACAGCAGGUGGCGAGAGUGUGAAUUAUCGAUUUUUCUCAUAUGCGAGUUAUUAAAAAAUAAAACAAACAAUAGUAAGCAGAAAAAAAUUGUAGAAAAAUGUCCUACAGAAACAAUGAGUGCCGUAUAUAUGUUGGGAAUCUACCUCCAGAUAUUCGUACUAAGGAUAUUCAAGAUUUAUUUCAUAAAUUUGGAAAAGUUACUUUUGUGGAUUUGAAAAAUAGACGGGGUCCGCCGUUUGCAUUUGUCGAAUUUGAAGAUUCUCGGGACGCGGAAGACGCUGUUAAAGCAAGAGAUGGCUACGAUUACGAUGGCUAUCGGUUACGUGUUGAAUUUCCACGAGGUGGUGGUCCAAAUAGCUAUCGAUCAAGCGGACGUAGCGACCGAAGCCGUAGCAACCGUGGUGCAGUCACUAAACGCAGUCAGUAUCGUGUAUUAGUUUCGGGCCUGCCUCCAUCGGGCAGUUGGCAAGAUUUAAAAGACCAUAUGCGCGAAGCUGGUGAUGUUUGUUUCGCUGAUACCUACAAAGAUGGUACAGGUGUUGUUGAAUUUCUUCGUUACGACGAUAUGAAAUAUGCGAUAAAAAAAUUGGACGAUUCACGUUUUAGAUCCCAUGAGGGUGAAGUUGCAUAUGUGAGAGUUCGUGAAGAUAUUGGCGAUGACCGUCGAUCAUCGCGAAGUAGAUCUCGUUCCCGAUCGUCAUUUUCACCCCGUCGUCGCCGUGACUCACCAACUGACAUAUACAAAAGUUCUUACAGAAGAACAUAUUCCAGAUCUCGAUCUCGCAGUGACUCUAGGUCAAAUUAUUAAUACACCUAUUGAAGAUUCGUUGCAAACACACAGUCAUUUUGGACUGUAGGUACGUCCAGAACGGUGCAAAAUGAUUGAAUUGACUAAAAAAAAUAGUGUAGAAACAAACAACUUCUGCAAUUCAGACAUUUUUUUAUUUCAGGAGUACAAAUUAUCAAAAAUUAAAUGAUUAAAAUUUCAUUAAAUAUAUUCAAAACUAAUAGCCAAUAAACAUUCCCUUCAUCAUUCUAUUUUCAUAAGUAUGAUAAUCAUUAAUAGAAGAUUGGAUAAGACAAUUUGCCAUUAUUGCGCCAUCUUUAAUGUCAUAGAUUCCCAAAAGAAGUUCCUUUCAGAUGGAGCUAAAUUAUUAUCUAAAAAAAACAUAAGAAAUUGUAAUCCGUUUUUUUUUUAUUAGAGUGAAUUUUGAAUAUUUCCUAAAAUAAGACAUUUAUAGAACUAUAUUUUACACUAUACGAAUAUAUUCUAAUGCAACAAUUUCACCUUCUCUUCUCUUUUUCUAUUCGAUUUGUUGGAUGGAGCAUAAAAAUUCAUCUGGAUUAGGAUUCAUAGUUUAAAAAAAUGCAAAGAUAAAUGGAAUAUAAUUUAAAAGGGAAUCAAUUGAAUGUUAAUUCAAUAAAUAUAUAGAGAAAGAGAAUGAACGGAUGGAAAUUUCCGGAUAAGACACGAGUGUGAUAUUGAGGAUUUUUUCUUGAAUCCGAAAUUGGAUUGAAAUAAUUAACUCAAAACGCAACGGAAUUCAGUCACAAUCAAACGGACGUUUUGGAUAUGAACGAUACGUAUAUGCCAAUCAAUUUGGGAUGUGAAAUUUACUUUUCUUUUCAUUCAGAUUUGCACACCAGGGAUUAUUUUAUUUUCAAAAAUAUAUAGCGGGUGUUUUUCAGUCAUUGCGAAUUGUUAUUGAUCAGCAAUCGCCACACAUGUGUUAUAAUAAUAAUAAUAUUAAAUCGAAACUGCAUAAUUCAACUAUACAACGAAAUUGCUAGUAGAAUGCACUUUGUAUAACAAUAAUAAUAAUAAUAAUUGACAAUCCGUGUUAUUGGAGUUGGAUUUAAAAUAUAAUUACCCGGAUUUCUAUCGGACUUCUAAACACUACGCAAUAAUGGAAGUGUAAUUUAUAGAUUUUUGACUGGAAGUGUAUUUUCAUCGGAGUUUAUGAAUGUCGCAAUGGAUUUCUUACAUAUGUUCAACACAUAUACUCACACAUUUAGGACAAUCGAUACAGAGAACAAAAAAAAAAACUAAAA